AUGAAUGAUGAAGCUUCGACAGCAAUUUAUUCAGAUUGGACACAUCACGGGGGAGUGCCAUUUCAGGGAUUGAGGAAAUACAUUGCUUUUACAUACAUUGGAUUUAAUAUCGUUGGGUUCAUUGUGAACAUUUGGGUUUUCUAUGUCGUCGCACCACUCAUUUUCGCUCCAGCCGUUAAGGUUCCAAAAAGUAUCUUAUUCUUCAUCAUGGCAUUAUGCGUAGGAGAUCUUAUGACCAUGAUAGCCAUGCUUUUACUCGUUAUGGAAUUAUUUUUUGGCACCUGGCAGUUCUCGUCUGUUGUCUGUACAUCAUAUCUAGUGUUUGAUUCGAUGAACAAAUUCAUCGCCCCAAUGAUUGUCUUUCUCAUAAGUCGCACAUGCUACGCGACAAUUUGCUUAAAUAAAACUAAAGCUGAAAGAGCUGCGAGCCUUAAGUACGCGGUGGUUCAAUUAGCUGUUGCUCUCGGGUUCGUAUUGGUUUUAGUGUGGCCAGUCUUUGCAUAUUCGCAGGUUUUCACAUUCUAUAUUAAUCCUAAUAGUACAACGAAAGAAGUAACGAUCAUUCGGAAGUGUGGUUUCUUCCCUCCUCAACAAAUCGAGUUCUGGUUCAACCUGAUAGCUUGUAUAACCUCAUACGCGGUACCAUUAAUUGGAAUCAUCUAUUCAUAUCUAUCUGUACCGUUUUUUCUGAAACGGCGAGCUCUAACGACACUAGUGUCAUCAAACUCAAUUGACAAUGCCAUGCGUAAGGUUAUAACAACUGUUUUAUUGUUAACUGCUAUAUAUGUGCUGUGCUGGUCUCCAUACUGGGUGUCCAUGUUUGCCCACGACAUUCUACCUGUUGCCCAGAAAUAUAUGGUAAUUAUUUCAUAUUUCAUUCAUUUGUUACCGUAUGUUAGCUGUUUAGCUUAUCCCGUUAUAUUCACUCUCAUGAAUAGAGGCAUACGAACAGCUCAUGCGAAAAUAGUUGCUGAUCAGCGUCGCAGAUUCAGAAGUUUAACAGACGAUGCAACAGUUCAUGUCAGGAGCGUCAUACGUGGAUUCCCACAACGUCUACGACAACCCAACUCUAAUAUUCAGAAUGAUCCAAAAUCCACAAGUUCUGAUUCAGCAACAAGAUGUGUAGAACUAGUAUAUCGCGAGAAGGUACCCGACACGAAGACAUACUCAACAGACGAAAACUCAGGUUAUGGAGCUAAUAGUAAUGAGACAACUCGAGAAAUCGAAAAUGAAACGUUGUUAAGUUAG